GGGAAGUGGCUUUCACGGAAAUCACACUUUCCGAGAAAGCAACUCCAUCCUUCCUGAUCAUACAUUUGCAUCUAUUAGAGUUAUAGCGCCCAUAAACAUUCAAAACGCAGAAACAUUUUAUACCUUAGACUAGUCGAGCCCGAGCUACUUGCGACAUGGAGGACGUCAUCUUGCGUGAAAUAAACGAAAUCAUUUCGUCUCCUGAAAACAGAGCGAAGAAUCCCGUAAGUUUGUUGAUGGAAGCAGGAGCUCAAAGUAGACAACCUGUGAUCUUCAACUACUUGGAUGAAUUGGCCAUGGGACUGAUAAAUACGCAUAUAUUUACUUGUGAGGUCAAAGUUGGACGUGUGAUAAAAUGCAAAGGAUCGGGACACAGCAAAAAAGAGGCCAAAGCGAACUGUGCGAAGGAAGCUUUGGAACUCAUCAGAAGUAACACUGGUGGUACCACAACCUCACCAGGAGCGUCUAAGGGAUCUCCGAGCCAUACACCAUUUAGAAGUACCACUCCAACAUCUUCAUUAAGUCCAGCUAGAAGGAGCCUAUACUUGCCAAGUACAGACUUAAAUCCUAUCGGUAGCCUGCAAGAAAUGUGUAUGAAGAAGAACUGGACUCCACCAGUCUACAAUGUGACACAGGAAGAGGGAGAAGCACACAUGAAGACCUUCACUUUUGAAUGCAAGGUUGAAGAUUGGAUUUCUCAAGGGCAUGGAAGCAGCAAAAAAGCAGCCAAGAAACUUGCUGCAGAGAAAAUGUUGAGCAUGAUCAGUGAGGCACCUAAGGGUUCAUCCCCAGUAGGUGCACACAAAAAUGGAUCAUCAAGCCCAUUAAGGAAGUCUCCUGACAAGCACUCUAGACUAAGCCCUCUGUCAGGGUCAAGUCCCUCAAGAAGUAGCCAGUUUAACUCACCAGUUCCAUUUCUUUCAAGCGAUUUAUAUGAUAAAAUGGAAACUGAGGAACCUUGUUUGAACACAUUGUCCCAUCAUUGCAGUACUCCACCUUCUGUUGUUGAUGCAGAGACCAGUGUUAGUCAUGAGUUUUGCUCAGCUCUUGAAGACGAAGGAAAAACAUCAGGCUUUACUGUAACUUAUCAUGACUUGCCAGAAAAAGGAUAUGAUGGCAAUUAUAUGUGUUUCGUGAGGCUUGAUACAAAACCACCAACAGUAUGUGGUGGAAUGGGCCAUGAAAAACAAGCAGCACAUGAGAAAGCUGCAAAAAACGCCUUGUACUAUUUAAGCACAGUUUUCAGUCACUAGGUAGAAGUAAAUUUGUAUCAUAUACUAGUAAACAAUGUUAUGCAAGGAUUGAUGCACAUUGUUAAAUCUUUAUUGCGCGAAGAGUUAUUUAGGCUAUCCAACAACGUUUUACAUCAACCUAAAUUGCUGUAAAUCAGUUUGUUUCAAACUACCACCUGGGACCAGAGAAACAAGUCCAGAUAAUUGUAAAGUACUGAUAAUCGAGGUCGAACUGUACAUGGUAUUUUCCUUUUUUUUUUCUUAACCACCACUCUACAAAUCUGCAUCUUGUCUGAAACUUUGAAGUUUUGGUACUGUUUUGUCUUUCAAUUGAAUUGGUAAAUGUCAAUUAAGAGACCAGAGAAAGACUGAUUUGUUAUUGUUUACACAAAACAUAGCAGUAUCGCUUUAAAUGAUUGUAAGUGACAGUAGCAAAACAAAAACAGUCACCGCUACUCAAAGUUUUCCCCUCUUCCUCCCUUUCUUUUUUACUUUGAUAAAUAAGGCAAGUCCUACCUUGAGGUUUUUGUGGACCUUCAGAGGCCAAAUUUUGCAAAAUAAAAUUUUUCAUUAAUUUUA